GAGUCGGACAGUCAUUGAUCAGUGCCCUGUAUGCAACUGUGUGUGGCAAUUCGUUUCUCCGUAUUUGUGUCAAACUAACUUCCCAACUCUCACAAAGACAGUCGAUCCGUUUCGACUAAGUAUAAACAAUAACUGGUGAUGCAUUUUGGGAUAUCUGCAGUGUUAUUUUGUGCAAUCCUCGCUGGAUUCGCAUCUGCGACACAGAGUAGUUCGGAUAAAUCGUAUUACGGUGGCGAGAUCGACAUCGACGAUGAUCUGGAAGGAAGCGGGGGCGGGAGAGAAUUAUCGCAAGACCUAGAAUCUAGCGGUUCUGGCUUCGGACCCGAUGAUGAGGAUUCCACGUUAGAACCUAACAGCGAGAAACCCAUACUCCCGAAGGUCGUGCUUCCAGACCGUAGUAAACCAGCGAACGAAGAUACGGUGAAAUUCACUGGAACCGGAUCCGAUACAAGCGUCAUCAUGAAUCCAAAAUCCGAGGACAGGCCCACGUUCUUCGCACAACCAGGAAUCUUGGCCGCUGUCAUUGGAGGUGCUGUUGUUGGUUUGCUCUGUGCCAUCCUCGUGGUGAUGUUCAUCGUCUAUAGGAUGCGUAAGAAAGACGAAGGCUCGUACGCCUUGGAAGAGCCAAAGAGGUCGCCAACAUCACACCCUUACAACAGGGGCAACGGCAAGGAGUUCUUCGCCUGAGAGUAGUGCGGCGAGAACCCAUUUGGACAAUACAACAGUGGUCUGGCGAAGCGAUACACAAAAUUAUAAUUAAGUAACAAAAAAAAAAUCAUAUAAAAAAAAA